AUAAUAAUAAUAAUAAUAAUAAUAUUAAUAAUGCAAGUGAAAGUCCAAGUGAUAGUGAAAGUGAAUAUGAUAUAGUUGCUAAUGAGUUGGUCAAUAUACUUCCAUCAUACCAAAUGUAUCAAUCUACGAUCUCAAAGAAUUUAACGCCAACAAGAGAAGAUCGUAGAAGUACUCCCCCGAGUUAUGAAUUAGCACCUUUUACUUCUAAUACUUCAUCAGUUGAAGAUUAUUUUGAAGGAAUAUCCUUACCAGCUUCACCUGAAUUAGCUCCUGUAUCCAGUUCAUUUCCUAAUCUAGAAUUAACUGAUGAUGAAUCUCAACAUGGUGAUGCAAAUUGGACAGAUACAAUUCUAGAGAAUGCUCAUAAAUUAAAACGUUUAACAUCGGUUAAUAAAGAAGUAUCCAAAUGUUUAUCCAUUGAAAUAGUAUUAACUGAAACUAUAGGAAAAUUGGGUCAAAUACCUAAAAAGAUAGAUCCUUUAUCUUGUGAAUUCAAACAAGGAGAUUAUAUCUAUGGGUAUGUCUUAAUUACAAAUAAAACAGAAGAAGAUAUUCCAUUUGAUAUGUUUUCAGUGGUUCUUGAAGGGUGUGCAAUCUUUGGAAGUAAUGGAAAUAAUAACCUUGUACCUCAAAAUACUUCAGUUAAUAGAUUUUUAACUAUGUUUGAUUUUAAUGCAUCAUGGAAUGAUGCUUGUUUAGAUAGAUUAAUUACUGAUCAUAAUGAUCCUUAUAGAUCUGUAAAGCAAUUUGAUCAUACUGAUAAUACUUAUACUCAAUUAGAUGAACAGAAAAUAUUGAUUCCAAAAAUUACUUAUAAGAAAUUCUUUACUUUUAGAAUUCCAGAGAAGUUACUUGAUUGUAGUUGUAAUCAUGGGUUAGUAAAACAUUUACAGUUACCUCCUACUUUAGGAAUAUCAAGAGAUGAGAUUAUAACGACCUUACGACAAAAAUGGAAAGAUAAGACUAAUGAUACUAAUAGUGAUGCAAGAAAGAAAUAUGCUUCUUUAACUAAUGAUCUUGCUUUUAAUAAUGCUUCAAUUAGUUAUAGUGUUAGCGCAAGAAUUAUUGGUAAAGCAUCGGACUAUAAGUCCUUAUAUGCUCAUCCAAUUCCAAAUUCUGCAGAGGAUGAAUACGUGGUGGCAAAUGAAGAUUAUUGUUAUAUAAGGUUGAUUCCAUGUACGAAUGCUAUUUUUGAGCUUAAUAGAUCUCUGAUAGAUCGAGAAGCAACUUUAUUGUAUACAAAUAUGAUUGAAAGAAUUGAAGAAAAGAUUGAACUUGGAAGACAAUUGUCUUCUAUGUCAGCAGAAGAUAGAAUUACAAGUCCUCCAACUUUACAACCAACUCAAAGUGCACUUGAAUUAUCAAAAAUGCAACAAUCUUAUAUAUCUAAAAAAUCAAAAUCACAUUCCCAUGAUAUUAUAGAAGUAUUCUUAUCUCAUAAGAAGAAGCAAGUAUUUGGGGGAUCCAAAGUAUUAGGAUUAAUUGCAUUAUCCACUCAAAAAGUGGCAUGUCGAUUAGAUUAUGAUUCCUUAUCAAAAUUUAAUACCAUAGAGCCAUCAAAUUCCACCAUAUUGAAUAUUCCGAUGGAAUUAUCUUAUAUUCCAGCUACAGCAACAACUUCCAAUGUCCCUGAUUUUAAAAAGAUAUCAGUAGAUUUGAUAGCCUUAACUAUAAAAUCUAAGCAUUUACCAAUUCCACUAGUAUUCCAUUCAGAUAUGUUAUUUAAUAAUAAAAUGAAUGAAUCAGAUAAUUUUGAUUUGAUUAGUCUAAGAAAAUUUCAAAAGUAUGCUAUUGAACUUUCAAAACUUCUUAAGAUACAUGGAGAAGAUCUUCAAAUAGAAAAGGAUUUAGUAUAUGAUCUUAAGAGUUUAGCUAAUUUGGCUACUAAAUAUGAUACUUUGAAAUUAAAGUCUGUAACGUAUAGUUUACCUGAUUCACCCAUAAAUCAUAAUUCAUUUUCAUCAAUUCCAUGGCAACAUGAGAAUAUGGCAAGCACAUCAUCAGAACUGCAUUUCCGUCUCUUUAAGAAAUUUAAUUUGAAAAUCGAUAUUGCAGAUGCCCUUUUACCAGGAUCGGCAACAAAUGAAUUUUGUUUAAUACCGGAUUUUCAAUUCUGUAGUAUGGCUAGAAUUUAUUAUUUUAAAAUAACCUUGAGAAAUUCAUCAGGAGAAAAGCUAUGUAUGAAAGUACCAAUGGUAUUGCAAAGAUCCAGACAUCAGGAUUCUUAGUACUAAUAGUAUAAUGUAUAGUAUGAUCACAAGAAUAUAUACUAUAGAAAUACAAAUUGUAAAUAAUAAAUGAUA